AUGAAAAUCACAUUUGCACUCCUUUUGUUGACCUCGCUUACCGUCAAUGCAGCUCCAAUUGCAGAACGAGGUUAUCCAAUCGCUGAAUCAUACCCAAUUGCCGAAUCCUACCCAAUUGCAGAACGUGGUUAUCCUAUUGCUGAAUCGUAUCCAAUUGCUGAAUCCUACCCAAUUGCAGAACGAGGUUAUCCAAUUGCUGAAUCCUACCCAAUUGCAGAACGAGGUUAUCCAAUCGCUGAAUCAUAUCCAAUUGCCGAAUCCUACCCAAUUGCAGAACGAGGUUAUCCAAUCGCUGAAUCAUACCCGAUUGCUGAAUCCUACCCAAUUGCAGAAAGAGGGUAUCCAAUUGCUGAAUCAUACCCAAUUGCUGAAUCCUACCCAAUUGCAGAACGUGGUUAUCCAAUCGCUGAAUCAUAUCCAAUUGCAGAAUCCUACCCAAUUGCCUCUUAA